AUGAUCCGCAAACAAAUAGUUGGCAACCAAUGAAACCGUUAAAUAUUAUGAGAGAAGUCUCAAACGCGGCUGUAAUUAACAAUACUAUUGUUGUUUGCGGCGGUUAUGUCUCUAAAUCGGACGAAUAUUUAAAUAGUUGCGAACAUUAUUCUAUAGAAACUAAUGACUGGUAUUUUGGUUCAAAUUUAAGCGAAAAUAAGACAGAUUUGGCACUUGUUGUACACAAUGGACUUGUGUUGUAUGCUAUAGGAGGCUAUCAUCCGACUACUGGUGCCAUGAAUACAGUGGAAAGGUAUGAUUUGGUUAGUCGACAGUGGAAACCGAUGGCCAGUAUGCAUACUAAGAGAUAUUCAAUGGGUUGUACAGUAUUUAUGGACAAAAUAUAUGUUUGCGGCGGCGGUGGCGGUGGCGGUCAUAAUACAUGUGAAACAUACGAUCCCAUUGCUAACCAAUGGACACCAAUUGGUUCAAUGAUUGAAAAGCGCAUUGAAUUUCGUCUAGUUGUCCAUGGUGAUAAUCAAUUAUUAUAUGCACUAGGUGGUUUUCCAUAUUUAAAUUCAAUUGAAUUAUAUGAUUAUCGUAGCAAUCAAUGGCAUACAAGUAGCCAAACAUUACCGUAUGAAUUGUUUGCAUUUGGGGCAACAACACUAUAUUAUUAG